AUGGAUGUCACCUGGCUGAUGCUUUUGUUCUCAGGUAAGAACUCUCAUUUUGUGUUUCUGAUUUGAAACAUUUAUGUUCAAGUUGAAGCUUACUUGAAGAGAUUAAAUGGGUUUGAUGGUGAAAUUUGAGUCCAACUUCAGUGACUACCUUUAGGUUUACAGAUAGAUCCAUCAAUGCAGUGGGACCGAAUCAUGCAUGUGUUCACUUACAAUUGUUAGACAAUCACAUUUUUUGUCAAAUUUCAUGUGGCUCGACAAAUGUUUGUAAAUAAAUAUAUUCAUACUUAAUUUCAAAAGUUGCGUUUUUGAGAAACCAUCAGCAUGUGUUUGAGUUUUUUUUUUGGGGGGGGCAAACCAAAUUCGACUAAAAGAGUUAAUUUUCUUGGGUUCUGUUGGUCUAAAAAAGUGUCAGAUAACAGAAUUAACACCUUACACAGACUGUGAAUACAAAGUUCCAAGGAAUAGAUUGAUAUUAAUGUAUAAAUAUAAUAUAUUGUUGCGCACGUGUGUAUUUUCCCAAAAUCCUGACUGAUAAUAGAAUUAUCCAUUUUUCUUUGGGACCUGCCUUUACUAAUGUGCAUAAAAACCACAGGGUUACUGUCAGAGAAUAUGACACAAAUGAUGAGCACUUCCAAUAUCUAAUUAUUUACAGGGGUGAAGAAAAUGAGGAGGUGGUGAGGGGAUAAAAUCUAAUUUAAGGGUCCUACUACCCCACCUGAACCUUUCUCAUCCAAUAUCUAUGUCACUCUUCAUACUAUUGCUCAAAUAGACUUAUAUUUAUGCACAUUCUUUGAGUUUUGGUUUCAGAGACCAAAGGCAAAAUUUCAUAAUACAUACAAUUUUAGAGGCUAAUUAAGAGACAGUUGCUACAUUUAAUGAAGUUACUUUUGAGUAUCUCUUCGAUGUAGUUCACCAUUUACAAUCUACCUCUCCCUUCCAGUUUAUCUGGCUGAAUGUGUGCCAGAGAAGCCGAAGCGAUCAGCCCUGAACCAGCUGACCAGGACCCUCCUUAGGACAUACGACUGUGGAGUCCGCCCCGUUCACAACUGGACCAGUCACACCACCAUCCACAUUGACCUCAUCCUGCAGUCUGUACUUGAUGUGGUAUGUUUGACUGGACACUGAUGUGAAAUGACUCAAACUAGACUGCAGAGUAGUUAUGUGGAUGAAAAACAACAGCUAUACAUUUUUUUUGUUGUUAAAUAGGAUGGAAAGACCCAGAGCAUGACUACCAAUAUUUGGUACAGACAGGUAGGGACCGUCUCAUUCACUCUAUGCUUCUUUUCCUAUUCCUCAAUAAACAUUUGACAUUGAAAAAUAAUUAUUAUAUACCUCAUAACUCUUGGAAACGUCUCUGCUCUUCUCCAGGUCUGGACAGAUGAGUUCCUGGUUUGGGAUCCAGAAGAGUUCGAUGGCAUCACUGAGAUCUCCCUGUCCUCUGAUGCCAUCUGGAUUCCUGAUGUUAUCGUCAGUGAGUUGUAAGAAAGGAUUUGAACAGAUAUGUAACAGUCAAGAAACUCUAUGUUUUUCAUUACCACGAUCUUAGAAAACCAGUUUUAAAGAGACUUGGGUUCAGGGCAAAUGUUCACAUUGUGGUCAAAGCACUAAUCUGUAAACCACAGCAGCAAGAAGACAAAUAUAAAGCUUCUCAAUUUGACUUAUGGGAUAAAAAAAAACUUCAUCAGAAUCCAGAAAUCUAAAGCCUGAUUUCACUGUUGAACUUUUUAAAUCUAAACUUACAACAUAUUUGAGAUAAAACUAUGUGAUGAGAUGUUUAAAAUCUGCCCCUAAAAGUCAGAAGAAGAGCACAAAGGCAGCAGUAUUGCGUGCUCACUGCUUAACACAUAUUUUGUUUUACAAUUUAGUGUGCAACAAAUUUUGGAUCUUGAAGGAAAUCAUUUGCUAAAUUAAGAUUAACAGAGAUACAAUGUGAGCUUGCACAAAGCUGUUCAAAGACUGGCUAUGGUUAUUGAUUGGGCGGUCUUAGCAGCUGGCAAACUAGUGCAUUUUUGUCAAUUGUUCACUGUGAAACAAGUCUUUGUGAGAUAAUGACAAGAACAGUCUUCAAUGAGUGACUGGAACCCGAGGGCCUUAGGGAGGAUUAAAUCACAACACAGCAGUCAUGCAAUAUUAUGAUACGUGAUCUACAUGAUAAUUCAUGUAAAGCUAGAAAGGUGAUAGCAUGAGCUUGGGGCAUUUAAGUAAUUACGUGAGUUAUAAAUAGUUAUUUAAGAAGUUGUUAUAUCCUGCCUCUUACUUUCUUAUUACAUCCAUUCACAGCAGCACAUCCUGGUCUAACUUGAACUCAUUCAGAGUUAAUGUACAUGUAAUUGAGACCAUUCAUAGCAUUAGAAGCACCAAAUAGUUGCAGUAGGUCUUAACAGAGGUCAUUUUAAAGCUCCUGUGAGGGUAUUUUUAUUUUAUUUAUUAAACUAUUAUUGAAAGACUGACAGUCAUGUUGAUGCCUUUAUAUGUACAAGACCAUCAGGAAUAGGGCUGAUGAUUGUUUCAUCAUAAUUUUAAAAUCUUUAACCGUUGCAAAAUGUUAGGUAUCAGCCGAGCAGCUGAGGAAAUGGUCUUUUUUUACAAUUUACACAUAAAAAAUUCACAGUGAAUAAUACUUUACUGUUAAAAUAGGGUGACCAUAUUCUGACUUCCCAAAAAGAGGACACGACUAUGUGGGGGCGGAGUCACGGAGUCUUUUACGCGCUACUAACUCAGUAAGUCCACAUGACACAAAAUCGAAACUUACAUACAAAACCUCGGACAUUUGAAGGAUUUUAUAAACUUCCCCGGACAAAGCCGGACGAACCCACACAGCCCCCCAAAAAGAGAACAUGUCCGGGUAAAAGAGGACGCAUGGUCACCCUAGUUAAAAACCAUGUUUUAGCAUGUAGAGGACAACUUAAACAGAGACUGCUCUGUCCACAGGGGGGCGCCAACAUUGACACAAACAGAAAGUUCCUCAUAGGAGCUUAAAAAGUAAGUCUGUUUCCGUGUCUUACUCUGUUGUCCAUAUCUCAUCUUUCCUUCUUAUCUCACUUUCUGUUUCCACAGUGUGGAUGAAGGGAAGUCCCCCUCGAUCCCAUAUGUCUAUGUCAACUCUUCUGGAUCAGUGAAGAACAACCGGCCCAUGCAGGUGGUUCUGGCCUGCAGCCUGGAGAUGUACGCCUUUCCAUUUGACAAACAGAACUGCAGCCUCACCUUCCGCAGCUGGCUUCACUCAGGUCUCAAACCAACUUCUUUUGUCUACAUUUAUUGUUCAAUCUUGGUGCCACUCACUUAUCUUCAAGCCUUCAAAACCUAAAAUAAGCUUUGCAAAACAUUGAACAUAGGGUGAACUUAAUAGCAACAUCAGAAAAUUGAGGUUUCUCAGUUUUAUGAUGAACUGGAACCAUUUGUGCGCGGAGACUCCUCAUGUACUCAAAUGUUGGGCUCAAUGUGUUUCCAAGUCAACACAUCAAGUACACUCUUAAGCUUUGCACACACAACAUGAUCCAUCGGACAAGAAAAAAACCCAGAAACUAGACAGUCAGUCAGUCAACCUGUGAACAUGCCAAUCCAUCGACUGAGACCAAAAUCAAUGAGAGGAGACUAAGUGUGAUCAGAGACAGGAGACUACAAUUACAGAUUAGUCUGCCAAUCACUUUGCUAAGUUAACUAACUAAUUACUUUGUCCAUAAAAUGUCAAAUAUGUGAGUUAAUGGUAAUCCCAUGUCUCCUAAGCUCAAGGUGACUUCUUUAAUUAGCCGUUUGUUUUUUCCACCAGCAGCACCCACAAGAAAAAACGCUGUCCACUUGGUUUCAAGAACUAAUUGAAUAAUGCUCUCAAAAAUGUGUGAAGGAGCAGUAAGCACUGGUCACCUGGUGAUCAUUUCUAGAGAGGUCUCACCUAUAAUGUUGGCGAGUCUGUUUCAUUAAAUUGCUGUCUAUCCUUGCAGUUCAAAUUUUUGGACUUUGUUAGUUCCAGAAACCAAAAGUUCCUCUCAGCAAGUUUAACCUUCUGAUUCGUUGCUAUAACUCCAGGUUCAACUGGUGUAAUGGACCAGUGUCUGAUUCAUGUCAGACCAAAAUAUAUCUUAAAAGGAGGAUAACCAGACUGAUCUGAAAAAUAAAGUAUCAAAAAACCAGCCCACACAUUCCCCCAGAUCUCAGUUUAAGUCAUACCAGCAUGAAAAACAUUGCGGACACUGCAUGUAUAAGACUGUUUGAAGCAUUAAGACAAUAUAUGAAAACAGAAACAGCUCUGAGGAAUUGAAAGCACUCAGUCUCUGAGCUGUGCCCACACUGAGGCCAAAGUGAUAAACACAUUUACUCUUCUCUUUUAUUGUCCUCCACCCACCAUCUCUUUUUAUGUCAUUCUCUCACUCUCUCGCUCUCUCUCUCUCUCCCUCUGCAGUGAAGGAAAUAGACCUGGCUCUGUUGAGGAGUGCAGAGGCCAUCGCUAAUGAUCAGAAGGAGUUCAUGAAUGACGGAGAAUGGGAGCUAUUGUCAGUGCCCUCCCGCUACUGGCAGAUCCACCAGGACGACACUGACUAUGCACAAAUCCAGUUCAAUGUGCGUACUUUAAUGUCCUCAGCAUGGUAAUUCAUGCAGUGUAAUCCAGAUGAAAUAAUUCUAAUGAAAGCUAAAGAGACACGACUGUUUGUAAAAGCUGUAACUUUAUAUGGUGUCAGUAUUUUGGAUGUCUAAAGGCUCCAUAACAAGUGAGCCAGUAAGUGCACAGUGAUGUCUGUGAUUGCUUAUUGAUGGUGAGCUUUAAACUGUAGCUCUCUGUGGGUUAGACCCCCUCCCGGUCCCUCUCUCUCUCCCUCCUCUUCCUCACCCCUCCUCACUCUGUGCAGCAGGAUUGCAAAGUGUUAAGCAAUUGGCCGCGACCUUCAUGGAUCGGGGCUAGUGAGCUAAUGCCAAAUGAUGAGACUGAGGCUGUUUCUGGCAAGUAAAGACACAGAUAGAGAGGGAGGCUGAUAGACAGGGGAGGGUGAGCAACCAUAAUGAGCCUGUCUCAGCGGCUGCCUGAUCAAUGGACUUCUUGUUAGAGGGGAGGAAAAUGGCUCCAUAGCCCAUUGCAGGUGGAGAGCUGCUAUUUAUUCAGCUCAAAGAGAGAGACAGGGGGCUUUUUGGUGACGGAGGGUUUCAGGGCUCUCUGAGAUAUUGUUACACUGUGGCCACUUUAUUUCUGAAUGUAGAAACGUAAGAUGGAAAGACCUAAUAAUUCCUCUUCUGGUAAAUUUAGACAAAUAAAAGAACUUUUGAAAGAUAUUUGGGAGCAAAGAUAAUCAAUCAAUCAAUCAAUCAAUCACUAAAAAUCCAACAGGAAUGAACAAAAGACAAAAAAAUAAAAUAAAAUUACACAUAAAUUAAGCAAUAUGAGAAUUAUUGUUGAGUUUCUCUAGCCAAAUGCCCUCAUACUUGACCUGGAACCAGAUUUAAGUUAAAGAAAUGAGAAAAACCUUAUUUAUGAACAGCUCUUAAAGUAUGAAAAGAAAGGAAUACAUAUCGAUACUCACAUUUAAAUUUAAACAAACUUUUUUGUCCGUUGGAAAGUUCAGUUGUGGAAACAUAGCACAAACCCUGGAAGCCGAAAAAAGUGUUAAUCAUACAUGUGAACCUGAAUGUAACUGAAUUGGAUGCAAAAGCACACAUGCAUGGUUUAGAGUUGAACAUAUUCUGCAACAUUCGGUUAAAUUAUUGUCAUUACUCCAGUUGUUAAAUCUCAGCCCUCUGUCGCCCAGGUGUUGAUCCGUCGGCGCCCCCUGCUGUAUGUGGUGGGUCUCCUCAUCCCCAGUAUCUUCCUCAUGCUGGUGGAUGUCAUCAGUUUCUACCUGCCUCUGAACAGUGGAACUCGCAUUGCCUUUAAGAUCAGUAUCCUGCUGGGUUACACGGUCUUCAGGGUCAACCUGACCGAUGAGUUGCCCUCCACUGCAGUCAGAACUCCGCUCAUAGGUCAGAUACUUUUAUGUAAUUUUUAAUGUCUAUAGUUUCAGAAUAUCUUACCAUUUAAUUCCUUUAGAUUAGACUUAAAUUGGUUAUUUAUGAGCUUUGACAUCUAAAUUUUUGUCCAUCUCUUUAAAACCAAUCGUCUCAGUGAUGUCACCCCCUAGUUUCCAACAUGGCAGUCAUCAUAUUGGAAAACUUGAGUCAUCCUACACAGCAAGAGGCAAAGAGUCAGAGAUAAGAUGGGCCUUUAACCUCCCAGAUCAUAAUAAUGUGCUAACCCAUUUGCUAGUUUACUUUGUCUGAUCAUGCAAAACUUGUACCCUUAAAAGGGAUAUUCCUAGACACUCCCUCGAGAGACAAAUGUUGCUGACUGCUUGCUUUUUUAUUCAUUUCAACUUUAGUAAUGACCGCACAAUAGCAAUACACAGCGGUCUCUUUGAAGCUUUGCCUGAUUUCUUUAGCAAAGAGACCAAACACAACUCACCCACUCUCCUCCAGCAACCACUUAUUUGUGGGGGGAGCCCCGAUGAGUCGAUCACCAUGUGCAGCGGAGUUUCGCAGCUCAAGGAAGAACAUUUAUGAUCAUUUCUUUAUGGAAAUGCAAUCAGACCGAGACGCUAAGGCAGAAGAACUACCGCGUCUGCAGUGUAAAAUAAUUUAAAAUGAAGAUUAUUACCUCAAGGAAAUGAUCCGCUACACUUCCAUAUACAAGCGGCUGCUGGAGGAGAGCUAAAGAAACCAGGCAAAAGUAAAAAAAAGUUUUCGUGUAGAGACGUAGGCCACUGUGUAUUGAUAUCCUGCGGUCGUUACUAAAGUUGGUAUAACUAGAGAAGCAAACAUUUGGCAACAUUCAUCUCUCGAGGGGGUGUCUAACUCAGUGUAACGGUGUGUUUGACCCUAACUUAAUUUUACGCCGGAAUAUCCCUUUAAUGGCUUCAAAAUAAAGGAGUUAUACAAUAAUAUAAUUCACUCCCAAUACAGUGUGCACAAUUAUAGAAAUUUUCUGCAUACCAGGCUGUAAACCUGCCAAAUUUCUGCAAUAUUUGGAGUUUUGGAGCCAGCCUCAAGUGGACAUUCAGUGAACUGCAGUAAUAUUGUAAUAUGAGAGGUUGCUGUAAGAUUAAACCUUAUGCAGUGACUGGUAUAAAAGAAAAUCCAUUCAUCUGUCCAAGGAAAACUUUGUUGAAUGGUUUGGGGAUUAAAUGUUGGAGGUCGUCCCUGUUAACAGUUUUUCCUCUCCUGUUUCCAUACAGGUGUGUUCUUUGCCGUGUGCAUGGCUAUGUUGAUGCUCAGUUUGAUCAAGUCCAUACUGGUGGUGAAGCUUCUCCACCACAGUGAGAAGGAGGUCAAGCAGUUCUCAGUAUCAGCCUGCCUGCUGGACAAGUACAGCUCAGCCGGUCAGGAGUUCACAGAGAGCGCUUUAACGUCUCUAAAAACCCUCGAAUUCAUCAACCCCUCAGGAGGUGAGACACAUGCACCAAAAUUUAUGAGCCAGGGCUGAACAUUUCCAUAGCUACUGAUGUGGAGGGACUGUUUUUUAGCUGCACGUGCUGGGGAAAAAAGGAUAACUCACACUGGCCGUGAGAAUUAGUCUUAAAAGGUUUGAUCACGUUUAGCCAGCUGUAAGCUUUGUUUGAAUUGCUGUAAUCUUUUUUAAAAAACUGCAUAAAUCUCCAUAAAGUAAAACCAGAUUCUUUCGUCUCCCUGCAGAUUAUGAGCUUGAGCCCUCUCUGGAGGAGGAUCUGCUGUCCCUGAAUGAGAUCCAGGAGGCUCCUUCUGGUCUGGAGUGGCUUCUCCAGGAGUUGGUCUCCCUCCGCUUGGCCUUCUCAGAGGAGGACAGUGAGUCUUCAGCUCAGGCUGACUGGCUGGCUCUCUGCUCUAAACUCGACCUCUUUUUGUUCCGCUUUUACCUCUUUGUCCUGACGCUGUACGCCAGCACUCUGCUGCUGCUCUGGGCCAGCUGGAGCUUCGCCUGAACAAACAAAUGAAGACAUAAUGGGAUUAUUUUUAACCCUGUGACUCAGAG